UUAUAGGUCAUAUGUGUACAAUGCUUGGAGGUAGAAGGGAUUGAAUGGUGGAUGAGCUAUGGACAUGACUGCCUUCAGAACUGAUGGAUCCCAUUGAGCUUGCUGCCUUCUCUAACAUUUGCACUAACAUCAGCUCCCCUGGAGAACCAGUGCCUCUGCCAAAUUCACUGCAAGAUGUCUCGAGUAACAUUUGCAGAAAAACGGAUCCAGAAGGAAUUGAUGGCCUUGAAAAAUGAUCCCCCUGUAGGUGUCACCCUAGAUGAUUCCAGCCUCACCAACAUAUACAGGUGGCGUGUACAUAUAGAGGGAGCAGAAAAUACCCUAUAUGAGGGGGAGCAUUUCAUAUUGGACUUCAAGUUCACUGCAAAAUAUCCAUUUGAAUCCCCUCAGGUUGUUUUCCUGGGACCAAUUAUUCCAGUUCAUCCACAUGUCUACAGCAAUGGUCAUAUAUGCCUGUCUAUUCUCACAGAGGAUUGGUCCCCUGCAAUGUCAGUAGAAUCUGUUUGCCUGAGUAUUGUCUCCAUGCUCAGCAGUUGCAAGGAAAAGAAGAGACCUCCUGAUAACUCUGUUUAUGUGCGCACCUGCAGCAAGAAUCCCAAGGAUACAAAUUGGUGGUAUCAUGAAUUGUGA